AUGAAUCAGUUAUCUUUGAUUUCAAAUCAUUUCUUUGUAGACAAAAAUUGUAAAUCUAAUUCGUUUUGGGAUAAAGAUUUUAGAAAAUUAUUACAAAAUGAAAAGGCUUUUAUACUUAAUAAUGAAGAUUGUAUAUGCUUGUACAAAAAAGGAAAAAUUCUAAAUCAUUUUAUCCAAAGAUAUUACACAAUAUAAGGAGCUUAUAUUUUAUAUGGUUAUAAUGUAUACAAAGAGAUCUAUUAUUUUUCAGGAUGUGAAAGGUUUUCGAAAAUUAGAGAAUGUCUAUAUGAGAACUUUUUGUGAUUCAAGUUCUUAUCCUUAUCAAAUUCAAUUAAUUCAUAAUCAGUCAUAAGUCAUUUUAUAUUCUAAUUCAGAACAAAGUUACAAAUAGAUUAAGAAUCAAUUAGAGUAAUACUGUAUUUUAAUUGGUUUUCAUACUUAAUUUAAAAUUAUUAAUUAAAUAGGGUUUGGGUCAACAGCUUAGGUUUAAAUUCUAUUAUAAAAUUAUAGGUUUAUAUAUCUAAAUCCUAAUUAGAUAAUAAAUGUUAUGCAAUAAAGAGAAUUAGGAAAAAUUAAAAGUUGAAUCCAUAAUUUUUAAUGAAAGAAAUCUAAAUAAUGAAUGAAUUAUCUCAUCCAAAUAUUAUUUAAUUGUAUAAAGUUUUUGAAACAAAUAGUAAUUAUUGUUUCUUUAUUAGAGCAUAUCAAUAUGGUAUUAGAAUUGAUUGAAGGAGGAGAAUUGUUAAAGAAUCAUCGAUAUAAUAUUAGAGAUGCUAGAUAGAUUAUAAAAUAAUUAGCAAUAUGUGUGGAUUAUAUGCAUUAGAAAGGAAUUAUGCAUAGAGAUUUAAAACCAUAAAAUAUUCUUUGCAAAAAUAAUUCUGUUGAUAUAGUUUUAGCUGAUUUUGGUCUUGCAACAUGGAUAAAAGCCAAAUAACAUAUUUAUUAUCGUUGUGGAACAACAGGAUAUGUUGCACCUGAAAUACUAAAAUACAAAGAAGGAACUAAAAUGUAUACAGAGAAAUGUGAUAUUUUCAGUUUAGGAGUAAUAUUGUAUUAAUUGUAAAUGAUUACAUUAAUAUAUUUAAUGUAGGAUUUAUAAUAAUCAUCCAUUUAAAGAUCUUGAUAAAACCAAAAUCUUAUAAAAGAAUCUCUGUGUAGAAUUCAAAUUUGAUGAUUCUUUUAAAGUUCCUUAAAGUUGCAAAGAUCUUAUAACUUAGAUGCUUAGAUAGAAUCCAAAAUAAAGACCUAGUGCUGCUGAAUUAUUAAAACAUGAUUUUUUUAAUGAAAUACUUUUUGAAUAAUCCAAUUCAAAUUUAACUAUGAUAUUUUAAGACUCCUUGUAAUUUACAAAAUUAUUUAUUUUAGUUCAGAUAUAAAAAGAUCAGGACCUUCUUUAAGUUUUCAAAAUGUAGAUAUGAAAUUCUCUACUAUAAAUAAUGGAUUUAAAUUAUUUGAAGAUGAGGUUGAGGAUAAAAAUGAAUAAUAAUAAUAAGGUACAGAUUUUAUUGAAUUAUCUCCAAUAUGGACUAAAAAAAUAGAUCUUUAAAAAGGUUCUUAAAAUUUUUAAUAACCUAUUUCAAUGGUUAUUUAAAGAUAAUAUUCGUAAGAUAUCAAAAGCAAGAAGUCAUCAUUAUUUCGUUUAGAAUUAAAUUAGAAAUCAAACUAAAUGAUAUAACCUCUAAUAGAAAAAUCUCAAUCAGAUUUUUAUGAUUACCAUUAAAUACCAUAUGUAAAUCAUCAUAAUAUGUUAUUGAUACAUUAAAAAUGA